UUCGCAUUACAUGUAACGCGGAAAAAGUAUCUCUCGGGAAAACUUACGCAAAUUCAUUCUCAGGGUGUCGAGCAGUGACAAAGUGUACCGAAUGUGAAAGUUAAAAAGUUCUGCGCGUGAUUGACUUGGAAAGAUAAACGCGUAAUUUAAUUAAUAAAGACAUUAUGCAGAACUGUAAUAUUCUAUGCAAGUGUGCAAAAAAUAGUGCGAUCAAGCAAUAAGUUUUUUUCUCUUAAUAAUUUGCUUUUAAUUUGGCGUGUCGUGUGCUUGUGUUAUAAACUGUAAAAAGUAAAACUCGACAAAAUUAACAACAAUGGGGAACGCGAGAUCGCAACCCUGCGGACGAGGCAAGUCGCUUUAUCUGUUCUAUCUUAUCCACCGAACGUGGAACGUCGUCGUAGAUCAUCGGAGAGAUCAAGAUCGCUGUGACGAUACCGACGGAGAAACAGAUCUAUCGUCGAAAUGCAGCACUUGCAACGUAUGCGAUUACCGACAGGACAGCUUGAUCUUCGAAAGCGAGUCGGACAUGGCGCCCAAUGCGGAGGAGGAACUGCUGGUUGUGAAACCAUGGGGACCGCAACCGGAAAAGGAGCGCUUAAGACCACCCACGUAUAAUGCCGAAGAUUACGCAAUCGCGCUGAGACGAUGGGGAAGACGCCCAUUAGGAACCGUUCAAGACUCUCAAGGUACUCUGCCGUCGACAACCAGUUCGAGUUCCGGUUACGCAUCCGGAAGUGGCGAGAUGACCUUGAGACAGUUCACGUCAGUCAGCGAGCUGUUAAAUAAACUCAGAGCCGAUCUCAGACUCGCCUUUCCCAGCUUCGUGCAGGAGUUCGCCUCGCCGCCUGCGGAUGGAAUCACCUUGCUGCUGGAGACCUUGCGCGGCGUUCAACUGGCCCAAAGUUCACCGCCGAGUUCGGGACAGACCGGACCUAGGAUCGGCACCAGAAGGGCCGCCCUGGACGAACUGGGCUGCGUGGAAUGUUUAGCGGCGUGCGGCGAACGAUGCGCCGAUGCGCCACGGUUACUGGUGCAGGCGCAACCCGGCCUCUUGGCUCUCGCAGUCUGUCUGACCAGUAGUCUGAACCGGUCCAGAGUUCUGGCUCUUCAGCUCCUGACGAAAGUGUGCCAAGCACCAGGUGGACACGCGGCUGUUUCGGAAGCGGUGUCAACUCUGAGACUCAAAUACGGGGAAGGUGGGAGAUUUCGAUUUUUAGCGGGCGCUCUUUUAGCUCCGAGGGCGGCUAUCGCGUUGAGGGUCGCAGGAGUUUCGUUUCUGAACGCUUUUCUAAAAUCUGCACCCCGCACACAAACCAAGCUAUAUAUCCAGGCUGAGGCCUGCGAAGCUGGCUUAGAGCCGCAGGUACUUCAGGAAUGGCUGAGGGAAUUCGACGGACGCGAGGAGGACGCUUUAACUGAUUUACUGCACAAGGAAGUUCAGAAAUGGACGCACAACUGCGUCGACGUGGACGCUCUGCAGCGCAGGGUGACGCGCGCGGAAGAAACCUGCAGGAUACUCAGCAAGAAGGUAUCGCUUCUGCAGAUGCAGAUCGAGAAACAGAAUGUCCUCAACGUGGAGGAGCGAGAUAAAUCCUCGCCGACGAUUCUCAUUUCCGCUAAAAGUCCUAAAGUAUCCUCGAACGCGGAGGACGAGGGUAUCAGCUCCUCGGAGAGAUCCAGCAGCCCUGAAGACACGAAGGCGCAUCAGGCGAGAACCAAUCGGCAGAAGGCUUCACCUACGCAGAGCAACGAUCAGGAGACAACGAUAGACGACGUGAUCGAGGAGCUGAGGAUCAUAGUGAAGGACGCCGAGGAGGAAUUCAGCGAUAAAACUCAGGAACUGAACCGUCGUCCUAAUAACGAUCAAGAAGUUGUCCGCAACGACCAGAAAUCGGACAAAAACGAAUUAUACCGAUCGAAUUCCAAAGUCUCCUUGAACCAUUCUGAGAGUUAUAUCUAUGAUAAAGUAUCCAAGAUAGAUUUGAAGCUGAAACCGAACGCGGGCUCGAACGCGUUUCAAAAUCAGCUGAAGGGCGAGCAGGUGACCUACUUCGGCAACGAACAAGACUACAGCACGGACUCGGACGGCACGAAGAGAUCGAGUCCCGGUGGGCCGCGCAAAACGUCGAAGUCGUCGAUGGAGGGCAGCGUGAAGAUCGUCGUGAGGGGACCUGACGUGGAGGAGGCGAUAGUGCCGGCUAUUCUACACCCCCAGCCGCCACGAAGGGCACCACCGUGCCUGACUGCCAUCCUGGCCGCCAGGCAUUGCGACUUUGCCGAUCACGCAGAAAUGUACAAUUCCCACGACGAGGAGGUCGAGGAGGAGACCCUGGGUGACGGCAGCGAUUCCCUGCUGAGCGCCUCCAAGCUCAAGUACAACAGCAAACAUCAGAUCUACGACGGACAGAUAAGGAGCGUCAACGGUGAGGAUCAACUGCAGAAGCACACUAAAAGCGACGCUAUACUGAUAGGUCCGAAUCGUAUCGACGUUAAGCUCGGAAAGAGCCUCGACGAUCUGCGUCAUUUCGGGGAUAACGAAGCAAAGAACCGAAAGACGAUAAGAAGCUACGAGAUUUCCAAGUCAAAGAUCACGGACGUUAGACCGAUCAGCAGACAGAUCGACGUUUACAGGCAGCUCGAUUCGAUUCCCAAGGGAUUCGAGACGUCCUCCGGACGAUCGGCCGAUCAACGGACGAUUCAUCGGCACAGCUCCAAGUACAGAAGCGAGAUUGAAAAGAGGAAAUAUCUACGACGCUCGGCCAGCCACGAUUAUCUCGAGUCAAACAUGUCCAGUCCGCAGUCGAGACGGUCGGGGGGCCGAGUGGAGUGCCGCAUCAGAAAGUUCGAAAGCUUGAAUUCCUUCGACGAUCAUCGGAGCUUGCAGAAUUAUGAGAGAUCGAACGAGUCGGAGAAACAGGAGCAGGCGUCGCUCCUGAUUGACUCCUCCAGAUUUAAGAUGCGCAGAUCGGAAUCCUUCCAUCACAUCUCCCAUCAUGGACCGAAGAGGGAUCAGUGCUCGUCGAAAGGGGAGAGCGACAGCGGUCUCUUCUACAUCACGGACUUCAAUCUGAAGCCCGUCGUCACGAGGCGACCGAGAUCGAUCGACGCACCGAAGUCUCCCAGUCUGAUAACGAAAUCUCUGGACAGGAUUGACGAGGGUCUAGAUUCGAUGGUCGACAUUGUCAUUACGCAAGAACAGAAUCAGUGGAACGGGGAUAAGCGUCAGUCGAAGGCGGCCAAGUCACGCGACGAGAAGCAGCUGAGAUCGAGAGCGAUCAGACUUGAUGAUUUCUGCGGUAAUUCUUCGGAAUUGGAUCAGCAGGGAAGGCGGGAUAAUCUCGUUUCCAGAAACAGACAUCUGAAGAACGACGAACUGUAUCACAUUAACAAUAAGCAAUUAAAAAGCGACGAAUUUUACGAGGAGCAGAGAAAUCGCGAAUGGAAUUAUCAUAACGAGUUAAAUUACGCGAAGAGCAAGGGUGAAACUAGCUCGGAAGACUCGCCAAUGAUAUUAUCGAAGAAUGGCGUAAGACACAAUUCCUUUUGUCAGAAGGAUAAAGUCGGCAACAAAUUUUCCGGCAGACCGAACGAAUCGGGAAUUUUUGCUGGACGAACGUACGACACAUUUGGCCUCGGGAAGAGUCGUUUCAACGCGGGCAAAUAUUCGGGAAACCAGCAAAUUAAAGAAAAUCCAAUUAGUCGAAGAAACACGACAUCUUCGUUGAUUGGGAAACGUGGUAAAGUAACAGAUAUUGUCUCCGGUCUUUAUUGAACGUACGUAAAACAAAUUUUAUAUGGAGCUCUAAAGAACCAGUAGAAACGAUUAGUAUACAGCCUUCAUCGCGCAUGUAGAACAGAUAUAAAUUAAGAAUUCUUGUAUAAUUUAAAGGUAACGAAAUUAAUUAGUACUACGUUUUGGAGUAAAAUUAUAUUUAAAAGAGUUCCAUCUUUACAGAAUUAUUUUUUUUUUAAUUUUCCAGGUAUAUCAGAGUAUUAUAUGCAUCGUAUUGAAAAUUAAUGCAAAAAAAAUCAAUUAUUUUAUUCUUUAAAUUAGAUUCCACGCCAAAUUUAUGUAAAAAAGUAUAAUUUUAUUCUACCGCCCGACAGCAAAGCAUGUAAGUUUGAGGAUUUGUGAUUUCCAUAACGUAUGAGAAAGCACAAAGAGAGAUAUAUCAUCGAUACAUUUUAUCGAUUGAUACACGAGUACAUCAUUUCUUAUUAAAUAGAAAUCGAUUAGAUAACGAGAAUGAUUUUGAGUGCAAUAUUUUUGAGUAUUAUUACGACGUUACACUUGUAACAAUUACACUUACAUCGAAUAUACACAACGAAUACACGUUCUUUUAUAACAACAAAUAAUUCUUCUGGUGAUGGACUCUUGUGUGCCUUCACUACAUUGUGUGAUACGGUUCUUUGUUAACAACGAUUAUAUAUGCAAUAGUAGUGCAAGUGCCAACUAAGACUGUACUUCGUAGAUUUCUAUGCAUUACAUGUACAUAUAAAUAUGAAGAUGAGAUUGAAAUAAUUCUUAUUAUACAUUAGGAUAUAUAAUAAUAUUUAGG